CAUCACACAUUUUAGUCAAGACAGUGACGAACCCACGGAAAGCUCCUCGUUGCGGACCCUAACCCUAUCCGUCCUUGGGAAUUCCCGAUCAUCUCCAUGCUUCCAGCUUCCUAAUUCUUCCUAGUCCGAGCUAGCCUUGCUCGAUUCCGUCCGUCUCAACUGUGGCCUCUCGCAGAUCGUGGAGGGGGGGUUUCCUGGACACAGCGAUGCCGUCCUAUGCGGAUCUAGACCGCCAGAUCGAGCACCUGAAGCAAUGCAAGUUCUUGCCGGAGGCGGACGUGAAAUCCCUCUGCGAGCAGGCACGGGCGGUGCUCGUGGAAGAGUGGAACGUGCAGCCGGUGAAAUGCCCCGUCACGGUGUGCGGGGACAUCCACGGGCAGUUUCAUGAUCUCAUCGAGCUGUUCCGGAUUGGUGGCGAGGCGCCCGAUACGAAUUAUCUCUUCAUGGGGGACUACGUAGAUCGUGGUUAUUAUUCUGUUGAGACUGUCACACUCUUAGUUGCAUUGAAAGUUCGUUACCGAGAUAGGAUUACGAUUCUCAGAGGAAAUCACGAGAGCCGGCAGAUCACACAAGUGUAUGGAUUUUAUGAUGAAUGCUUAAGAAAAUAUGGAAAUGCAAAUGUGUGGAAAUACUUCACUGAUCUAUUUGAUUACUUACCUCUUACAGCUCUUAUUGAGAACCAGAUAUUCUGUUUGCAUGGUGGUCUCUCCCCAUCCUUGGAUACAUUAGAUACUAUCCGUGCUCUAAGUCGCAUUCAGGAGGUUCCACAUGAGGGUCCUAUGUGUGAUCUUCUCUGGUCUGAUCCGGAUGAUCGAUGUGGGUGGGGGAUAUCACCUAGAGGAGCUGGAUACACAUUUGGUCAGGAUAUUGCUCAACAAUUCAACCACACUAAUGGACUCACCAUGGUGGCCAGAGCCCAUCAACUGGUUAUGGAUGGUUAUAAUUGGUGCCAAGAUAAGAACGUUGUCACAGUAUUUAGCGCGCCAAACUACUGUUAUCGCUGUGGCAACAUGGCAGCUAUAAUGGAGGUUGGGGAGAACAUGGAACAUAAUUUCCUUCAGUUUGAUCCAGCACCACGACAAAUUGAGCCGGAACCCACUCGGAAAACUCCCGACUACUUUUUGUGAUGUCGAUAAAUCUCACACGCAUCUUCUACAAGCUUGUUCAGCAGAUUCAUUGUAGAAAGAGUUUUGGUAAUUGGGGAGACCAUCAUUCUUUUUGAGCGAAGAUUACAUCAGUUUAUAAUUAUGCACCUGGUUUUUAUUUGGGGUAUUAAGCUUCAGUAAGCAUGAUUCUCUUCUCAGUUCAUGCGCAUUUUCGGUAUCUGAAAAAAACACUCUGGUUCCUCGAGCAUGCUUGAUUGUAUCUUAUUUUUCUUUGAUCUUUGGUGGUCUGGCAUAUUCUAUACAAUUUUACCGGUGAAUGUAAAAACAAUAGCAUGCUCCAGACUGAUGUGGUUAGUUUAACUUGCAACUGGGCACUGUUUAGUGUGUGUCACCGUUGUUCAAAUUGAUGAAUUGUUAGUUUAUGUAUUUAUAAAUAUUUGUUAAUUUCAAUUAAUUAUUUAUGUGUCUAUU